GCUUCUUUCCUUUACAAAGGGCCGAUCCAUCAAACGCUCAUUUGACUGAGAUUACAACAUGGAGGACGACGAAGAAAAAAUGGAAUCUCUCCGUGGAAAGGAAGGAAAGGAGAAAAAGGCUCGCACAUUUGACUUCAUGGCAAUGUUUCAGGAAGCCCGCCAAACUGCCAUUGAAAGAACAAAAGACAACAUAGACACCAUUCCUCCAGAUAUAGAAGCAUUAAGUGUGAGUAAGGAACAGAAAUCAAGAAAAGAAUCAAGUUCAUCAUCUGGUAGUGACAGUAGUGAUGAUUCCGACUCAGACUCUUCUAGUUCUGAUGAAAAAUCCAAGUCUAAAAAAGGUAUAUCCAAUAAAAAGACAACUGCGUCAGAUUCUGAUGAGGGUGAUAUAGGGCCUCCACUUCCUCCAGGUAUGCUUGUCCCAGACAAAACAAAGAAAAGUGAUAGGGAGGAUGAUGAUGCCAUAGGCCCACCCCUUCCUCCUGGUAUGAGUGGAGCGGAAAGAGACUCUGAUGAAGAUGAUAGUGAGAAUGAAGAAGAGGAGAGUUUGGUCAGUAAAAUUCCAUCCAGCCAUGAAAUUGUGUUAAACCAUGGAGUUAAACCUGUAUCUGCCCUAGCGUUGGAUCCUUCAGGGGCGAGACUGGUAACUGGAGGGGUUGACUAUGAAUUGAAGUUUUGGGAUUUUGCUGGAAUGGACACAUCAUUACAAUCUUUUAGAUCAAUCAGACCUUGUGAAUGUCAUCCUAUCAAGCAGUUACAGUAUAGUUCGACUGGUGACACUAUUCUGGUGGUGUCCGGUAACAACAAAGCUAAGGUGCUAGAUCGGGAUGGCUUUGAGAAGAUGGAGUGUGCAAAGGGAGAUCCGUAUCUCUUAGAUAUGGCCAACACAAAGGGACAUUCAGCCAUGUUGAACUCUGGGUGCUGGCAUCCUAAAACAAGGGAGGAAUUUAUGACUUGUUCCAAUGACUGCACUGUUCGGCUAUGGGAUGUGAAUAUGGAAGGAAAGAAGCACAAGCAAUGUCUCAAACCAAGGACUCAGUUGGGUCGUAAAACUGUUCCUACAACUUGUGCCUACAGUAAAGAUGGCCGCUGGGUAGCUACAGCAUGCCAGGAUGGCUCUAUUCAGAUCUGGGACCAUAAUAAAUCGUUUGUUAAUGUUUCCAUGGUGAACAGAAACUGUCACACAAAUGGCAGCGAUACAUCCUGUCUCUGCUUCAGCUACUGCGGACGGAUACUAGCAUCAAGGGGAGGGGAUGAUACUCUCAAGACCUGGGAUAUCCGUAACUUCAAGAAGCCACUCAAUGUUGUGAAUGGACUUGACAACUUCUUCUCAUUUACAGAUUGUGUUUUCAGUCCAGAUGACCAAAUGAUUGUCACUGGGCUCUCUGUCAAGAAGAAUUCUGGCAAGGGGAAGUUACUCUUUUAUGAACGCAACACACUAACCAAGUUAUCAGAACUUGAAAUAUCUGACACGAGUGUAGUGCGAUGUUUGUGGCACCCAAAGCUCAAUCAGAUGGUCGCCGGCUGUGCAGAUGGACAAGUCAGACUUUUCUACGAUCCCCAAAAAAGUCAGCGGGGUGCAAUGUUGAGUGUUGUGAAAUCAGAAAGAAAGAGUCGACAAAUCAAAGUGAUGACUACCCAACAAAUUAUAACACCAUAUGCCCUGCCAAUGUUCCGUGAGGGUCGCCCAACCAGUACACGCAAGGCAGAGGAAAGGGUGAGGAAAGACCCUGUCAAAUCCAGAAGACCAGAUCUCCCUAUCACUGGGCCAGGUGAAGGUGGUCGUGUUGCCCAAAGAGGAGCAACUCUUUCUCAGUAUGUGGUCCAGAAUCUUGUUCUUAAAAAACCUGAUAAAUAUGAAAAUGAUCCAAGGGAGGCUAUUCUUCGUCAUGCCAAAGAGGCAGAGGAAAAUCCAUUUUGGGUGGAACCAGCAUACAAAAAAAAUCAACCUGUCAGGAUAUUCCAAGAGGUAGAGGAAGAGCAGAAGAGUGAUGAUGAUGAUGAGCCAUUGUGGAAGAAAACAAAACUAGGAUGAUACUGUUUUCUUGUUUACAUCUUUUAUUUUUGUAAAUAAAUAAAUAAAUGUGAUAUAAAGAUCAA